UUCUGUCCCAGAAUGCAGUCUGGUAAACAGACAUGGAAGCACCAGGUGAAGACCUCCACAGAGGCUGAGCACUGCACUCGCUCUUCCCACCGUCUUCUGUCUCCUUCGCCCAGUGCAUCCAGUUGAUAUAUAUCAGCCUGGUGUCACGUUCAAGUCUACAGCAUCCAGAGCCUUGAUUUCCUCUUCAGUGUGUGUGUCGCCAGCAAUCACCCAAACUGAUGAGGAUCGACUGACUGAGUUAAAAAUUUUUCCUUGUUUCUUAUUUCACCAAGCGGAAAGAAUGUCGGAAAGGGCCGAGGAUGACGUCAGGGGGGAGCAGCGCCGAGCGGCCAGGCAGCAGCUGAAGCAGCAGCAGAUCCAGCGGGGAGAAGGCUCCACAGCAAUGGCGACUGUUGCGGAGCGGAGAUCAUUGCCUAGUCCAGAAAUAAUGCUGGGACAGCCUUGGAGCAACUGGGUCGACGCCGCCAAACUCCACGGCAACGACGGUGCUGAAUCGGAGGAAAGUUUCAAAGACUUCGGGAAAAAUCGAGAAGCCAUGCGUUUGUGCAGAGAAGACAUGCCCAUAUUUGGCCAGUGUCCCGCACAAGACGACUUCUACCUGGUGAUGUGCAGCCACUGUGGUCAGGUAGUCAAGCCACAAGCCUUCCAAGCACACUACGAGAGAAGACACAGUUCGGCGAGCAAGCCUGCCUCCACCUCGCCCUUCCCUGUAUCAGGCAGGAACCGGAGCAGUGGCAGUGGGCUUGGGCCUGGGCUAGCUCCGGGGUCUGUAGCUGGAGUGACAAGUGGAGGGGUCCUUGGCCGACCUUCCACUGCGAGCUCCAGUUUGUCCUCCUCGUCAUCAUCCUCCUCCAAUCCCAAACUCCUAAAACCAGCCAAAGAGAAGCUGCCAGUCCCUCAGCAAAGACCCUCCUAUGCCCCCUUCAGGUUGCUCCAGCCUGAUAAGAUCCCCAUCCAUACAUCCACAUCUAUCUCUUACCAUGUGCUUCUCACUGGCUCAGUGUUUCUAACUCUCAGCUUCCUCCUUGCUGCCCUCUUCAUCUCUGUAACCUUCUCUUCCAGCCUCACCCCCGCUGUUAAGGUGGAGAAGAUGCAUCUGAGGGUGGACUCGUCAGCUAAGCUGGUGCAGGCUUCAUCUGCCCCCGCCACCACCUCAUCCUCCUCUACAUCCUCCUCUAGCACCACUGUGAGCUCCAACACUACCGCCAUCACGACCUCCUCCUCCUCCUCAUCAGCCCUUAAAGCAGGCCUUAACUGUCCCUCCAUACCAAAGCCUCCAUUACUGGCCCCAGGUCAGAUUCUCAACGGCAAGGGCCACCUCUCGGACAAGAAGCAGGACAGCAUCAGCAGUGCCAGUAGCAGACGCCACCUUAACAAGAAAGUCACAGAACGUGAAUACAAUCCAGAUAUCCACUGUGGCGUUGUGGAUAUGACAGCUCGGAAACCCUGCACAAGAUCCCUAACAUGCAAGACACAUUCCUUAAGCCAGCGGAGGGCGGUGCCAGGGCGAAGGAAGCGCUUUGACACAUUGCUGGCAGAGCACAAGAACAGAGCAAGGGAGAGGGAGCGAGACCUCCACCAACCCCAUUCCCAGCCAAACCCCCUUCUCAGGGACCCACACCCCUCCUCCCAUCCCACCCCUGGCCAUGAUGCCCAUCAGGUGGCUCAUGGCAAUGGACCCGCCCCAGAUGCCACUAAGCCUUCGCCACUUGGAAAGCCCAAAUUUCUCAGCCCUUGUCUUCCACGACCAAACAACAGUCACGGAGGGGGUACUUCCGGAGACCUUGCAGUUGUCCACGAGUCACCACACCAUCCCCAAACUACCCCUGAUGGUUUUUCCAGACCCUCUAGUGACGAGGGAGAGAAUGAGGAGCGAGAGGACAACGCUGACAAACUGGACUGUCACUAUUCAGGUUAUCAUCCACGACCGGCAGCUUACUGUACCUUUGGAAGUCGACUGUUUGGGAGAAGCUGUUACUCCUUUGACCGGCGAUGGGACAGAGUGCGAUAUGCCCUAACCACAAUGAUGGACAAGCAUGUCAACUCUCAGAUGUGGAAGAAAAUCCCCUUGGCCUUGGAGAACUCCUCCUCUGUUGCACCUACCCAUAGGACAAGCACAAAUUCCCACGGUAGCACUCCCUCUUCAGGCUUCCUGGGCCCCCCUGCCAUCUUGCCCCAGGCUCCCUAUAGCCAGUCGUAUGAGGGCAAGUCAGUGCUCUCCUAUGGGACCACCUUAAAUGCCCGCAGUUCUCCGCAGGGCGGGGCUGAGCACCCGGCCUAUGGCACCACGCAGGCCCGACAAGUGUCUUCGUCGCCGCAGAUGCCUUCAGCCCACUUGUCCUCAUCUUCUUCUUCUUCAACUCCUUCCCUCGCCUCAGGCCGGGCGUUUAAGUCCCGUUCCUCCAGCAGCAGCACUACCAAGUCGUCAUCGUCCUUCAGGCCCAAGGAGAUCUCAUCUGGCUCCUCCACACCCAUCAUCCCAAACUCCACUAGUGGAGGAAGCACUGGAGCUAAUAGUAACAGUAGCAACACUAGCUUCAGCUCGGGAAAGAAGAGGAAAAACAGCUCUGUCCUCUCUUCAUCCCAUGGCUCCUCUGAAUCCUCUUCUAAUGCCAACUUCUCUUUCUCCUCCUCCUCCUCUUCCUCUUUCAAGAAGAACUGUGCAAAUGUCGGCAGCUCAGGGAGCACCUACCACCACAGCUCAUUAGGUCCGUCAGCCUCAGCAUCAUUAUCCUCCUCCCACAGUGGAGUCCACAGCGUGGGGCUUAACUGUGGCCGUACUGUGCGGACCAACUCACUUAGUCUCAAGGUCGAACCUUCCGGAGGUUCAGCAGGCGGCUCCUCUGGGCCGCCUGCAAGAGGUCCUCCCUCGGGCAGCCCUGCAGAGUCCAUCAAGCGUAUGAGUGUGGUGAUGAACAGCAGUGACUCAACCCUUUCCCUGGGGCCUUUUGUCCACCACCAGCCCUCAUCGUCAUCUGACCACCACACCAGCUUCAGCCACCACUCCUCAGAUGGGCGCCUGGAAGGUAAGAAGCGCAAAAGCUCUUCUGCUUCCAGUGGCAUUAAUAGUGGAGGUGGUGGAGGGGGGCUCGGAGGAGGAGGAGGAGGACCUGGACCAGGUAGACCCAAAGUGGCCAAGUCGCCUGCUAUUAACAACAUCCAUGGGAAGCAUGGGCGGAGCAUUCCAGGGACGCCGGGUCUACCCAACAACUCCCAUUUACAUCAGCCAAAGGCUCGUCCCUGACAGCGGCGUCCGGCUUCAGUGUAUGAAACUGGCAGGCGGGCGGGGAAAAGUCCGGAGCGGUCCGCGUACUGCUCUGGACUGCACGAGGCCUUCUAAAAUCAAACCCACAUACUCAGCUUCCCACAAUCCUCAGGGUGGAGAUGAUCUGGACUGCCCAGUGAAGUAGAUGUGGUCCUUUACUAUUUUCUCCCAAAGCCAUGUGUGUGGGGGUCGGGGGGAGGAGAGGGGAGGGCAGGGGCACUCAAUGGGGACAGCAUGGAGCAGCAGGGGUCUAACGAGCGAGCCAAGGAUCCCCCACGCGAGUGUUGUCCCAGUAAUCUGAGAGGUCUUCCUGUCUGUUUUGGAGGUAGGAGCAACAAGUGCAAAAGCCAUGGGUCUCCUGUCCCGUGGUUAAACGAGCUCUUUGGGUUCAGGUUAAGGGCUGCUGCAACAAGCCGUCGUGACGCCGAGCAACUGGGGAGACAGCAAGCCGAUCUCUUCCGCGUUUGUUAAAGAAUGAGUGUGUGAAUGUGCGCGUGUACAAGUAUUUUUUCUCAUGUCAGAUUCUGCUGGACUACUGGAAUUUCCAACUUAAUUUACACCCCCAGCGCCUGAUCUCAGAAGCCUUGCAAGGAGAGCAGCAGCAGCAGGAGGAGCAAAUUGAUACUUGCAACACCUUAAACAACACACAAUCACUUUGUUGUUUCACUUUUCUGUUAGUCUGACUCUCUGGUGACACGUCGAUUAACUUUGGGUUACAUAUGGUAGCCUGAGACAAGCCUGUAGGGACGAUCUGGUCAAUUCUUUUCUUACCCGGAAAUAUUAUGCAAGUGUUACCUUUUUAUGAUUUCUUAUGAGCUUUUUACACUGAACUACAAAGGGUCUUUGUAGACUUGGUGAAGACGGUUGUGCUUUUAAAUGUGAAAAGGACACCUGAUGUGCCCAUUCGAUCGAAUCUUUUGUCCGAGAGAUAGCUUGGUCUUGAGAACACCUGUUCAUUUUCUGAAUCUUUUCAUUGUGCAAAACGAUAGCCACAGUAGACCUACCCCCAACUGUGAACAGCACUAAAUAACUACUUUCUCCACAGGCACUGCUUAGUUGUCCACAGAGCUAGCCAAAAGCUGCAAUCAGCUUUGCCAACUACUUUUAUUUUCCAAGGUAUAAGAUGGGCAGUCCUGCUCGUGAAGCGGUGAUGGUGCAUUGUGGAUAUGAAGAAAAUCUGUGCAAGCUGUAUUGUUAUAGCCACAAACUUACCUACUUUUUACCCGUGCAGCUGUGUGAGCUGCACAGCUGCACAUGGGCAGAUGUGAAUUGUAAUGUUUUCUUUUUCCCGCAUAGGGAAUCAGGUAUGGUACGUCUUAACUGGAGCAAACUUGCACGUCACCUGUCUUCUGUGGGUAUGAUUGCCCCUCCUGUGUGUAACCACUACCCAAGCGCUGGAUGUUCAAGUUUCAAUGCCUCGCCGUAACACAGUGUUGUUGUGCGUUGAGAUUCGUCACAGUAGCCAGGCAUUAUACUCUAUUCCUUUGUCAAAGCGGAGUCUUAAAUCAGGCAAUACUUGCCCAUCUGUUGGGAUGUUUGCUUAUUUACAGCGGUCUCGGGUUGAGUUUUGUGGUGCGAGAUUCAUGGAGAUGGCUUCACAGGACAUAUUUGAACUUUUUGGCAACACCUGUUGAUUUAUGGAACCUCCACUGAUGUCAGAUACAGUAGUGUGGAAAAGUAGAGGAGGCAAUUUUAUUAUUUUUUUUAAAGAAUCUUAAUUUAGCUUUUGUUUCCGUGUAGCCUAUGUAUCAAACAAGUAUUGACGUAUCCCUAUUUGAGAAUACAUAUUUUGUUAACAAAUUGUACAUAGUAAAAUAUGUAUUUUUGCACAGGCAGUUUUUCGUACACGCUGAAUUUUUGGUACAAUUUUGAAAAUUAUUUAUUUAGUAAAAGAAGAAAAAAGAUCAACAGUCAGAGAACAUGACUAUUUGAAGUGGUUCACUGCCAAGUCUAUAUAAUGCAAUACGCCUAUAUGUAGAAGCUGAAGCAUCUCAUGAAUCGUGUACUGAGAUCCUUUAAGGAAGUACGGUGAAGUGUUGCCACUGUAGCAUGUGUCUGAAUGACAGAGGAUACUUUUAUUCACCUAAGGUCUCAAUCACAUGUGCUUUUACAAGACAUUUUAUGUUGCCUAUGAAUCAAAACAACAACAAAAAAUUACUCUGUGACCCAGUUAAGCCUGUGAUUUUGAAAUGUCACGCGGGCUUAAAGCUGUGCCCGUUGUCUAACCAGUUUCCACGGACUCUUCAGUCGUACGCUUUGUAGACCUUAACCACAUUUCAUGAUUGAAACACUUAUGUUCUUUUAUAAAGGCUGAAGGGACUUUAGCAAUCAUUGCAAGGAAGAGGAACACUUCAAACAGUCCAACUGCUUGCAUCGUCGUUGCCAAACAAGUAAUUUGAAUCACAGCUUUUAAAAGAAAUAUCAAAAUAAGAAAGUGCCUGAAUUUGUGUCACCCUGACUGUUUGAGGACAGUAUUCUUUGGGUUGUUUUACCUUACUUGAAUGUUCAAAGUAUUUAGGAGUUUAGUUUUAAAUCUGCCUAUGAACCUGAAAUGUGGUAAAACCUGAGCUUGUCAGCUGCCCAGUAUGAAACACUUAAAUGUUGUUUAUUUUCCUCGAGUUUUCCAGACAAGACGUUGCGAUAUCGUUAGCCUCAGUGUGGCUCAGGCCCCCUCUGGGUUACUGGGAUUUUUAUGUAGAAACUUCAAGUGUUUUGUUUACCCUUCCACCUCCACUGACAUCUUCACUUUGUUUCCAGUACAUGGGAACAUUGCAAGGAUGUUUUCUUUAUUAGUACCAUAGACUUGGAAUGUGAAACUGAGAGAGAAUACAGCUUGUGUCUGGAAGAAAAAAACAAAUCCACCAUUCAUACUAUGUAAAAGCGUGUAUAGAUUUUUUUUUUGUAUACAUUAUCAGAAUCAUUUUCAGCUGGACUUAUGUAUUGGCUGCUAUGUAAUUCAUGAACAAAACAUAGGUUAGAAUUAAUAUUUAAAGAAAAGAUUGUAUAGUAUAUUUGUUUUGUAACAAGUUCCUGUAAAUAAAAUAAUUUAUACUGCUAUUUAUAUGAAA